AUGGUUUGCCGGCUCAACAAGUCUCUCUAUGGGCUGAAGCAGGCUCCUCGGGCUUGGUACUCUCGGUUCGCCACGUUCUUGCUGACAUUGGGGUUCACCGAGGCCAAGUCUAACACGUCUCUCUUCGUCUACCGCCGUGGGGAUGAGACGUCCUAUCUGCUGCUCUACGUUGAUGACAUUGUGCUCACAGCCCCUAGUCAGCAGUUGCUUCAGAGUGUCAUCUCCUCUCUGCAGCAGGAGUUUGCUAUGAAGGAUCUCGGUCAGCUCCACCACUUCUUGGGCAUCACUGUUGAGCCUCGCCCGUCUGGUAUUCUCAUGCACCAGUGGCAGUACGCACUCGAUAUCCUGGAGCGGGCUGGGAUGACUGAUUGCAAGCCCUGCUCCACUCCUGUCGACACUCAGGCGAAGCUAUCCGCUGAUCUAGAUGAUCCGGUGGCUGAUCCUACUGCCUACCGAAGUCUGGCUGGUGCUUUGCAGUACCUCACCUUCACCAGGCCGGACCUCACCUACGCUGUCCAGCAGGUCUGUCUCCAUAUGCAUGAUCCCCAGGAGUCGCACCUUGCUGCGCUGAAGCGUCUCCUCCGCUGCGUCCGUGGCACUGUGGACCUCGGCCUGGUACUUCACCGCUCGUCCUCUGUUGAGCUGGUGGUCUACACCGACGCUGACUGGGCUGGCUGCCCGGACACUCGUCGCUCCACUUCCGGCUACGCCGUCUUCCUGGGCGGCAACCUGGUCUCCUGGUCGUCCAAGCGGCAGCCGGUUGUCUCUCGCUCCAGUGUCGAGGCGGAGUACCGGGCUGUCGCUAACGGCGUAGCGGAGGCGUCCUGGCUACGACAGCUCUUGGCAGAGCUCCACAGCCCGCUCGCCAAGAGCACGCUCGUCUACUGCGACAACGUCAGCGCCGUGUAUCUCUCCACCAACCCCGUCCAGCAUCAGCGGACAAAGCACGUGGAGAUCGACCUACACUUCGUGCGCGACAGAGUCGCAAUCGGCGAUGUUCGGGUCCUCCAUGUCCCGACUACCUCCCAAUUUGCUGACAUCUUCACCAAGGGGCUGCCCUCCUCGACCUUCUCGGAGUUUCGUCCAGCCUCAACUUAG